CCAACGGAGACCAUGGGCAAGAUUGUUUUUUACGAGGACAAAAAUUUUCAAGGUCGUAGUUAUGAGUGCAGUAACGACUGCACAGACCUGCACACUUACUUCAGUCGCUGCAACUCCAUCAGAGUAGAGAGUGGCUGUUUCAUGAUCUAUGAACGUCCAAAUUUUAUGGGCCACCAGUAUUUUAUGAAACGUGGCGAUUAUACUGACUACCAGAGAUGGAUGGGCUUCAGUAGCUCUAUUCGGUCCUGUCGCCUGAUUCCAAUGUACAGGGGACCAUACAGACUGAGGAUCUAUGAGAAGGCUGACUAUGGAGGUCACAUGAUGGAAUUCACAGACGACUGCCCCUGUGUGUCUGAUCGUUUCCACCAUCGACAUGUGUACUCCUGUAAUGUGAUGAAUGGCUACUGGAUCUUCUAUGAAUAUCCCAACUACAGAGGGAGGCAGUACUUCCUGAAACCUGGGGAAUACAGGAGAUACCGAGACUGGUGUGCUACCUGUGCCAUUGUGGGCUCCUUCAGACGAGUCACUGAUUAUUAG